AUGACUCGAACAGUUGUUGGCCAUCCCCGCAUCAUUACCGAAAACUUCGAAGAUAUCUCGACUUACUUUGGCUUGAUUAAAUGCACGGUGCUUCCACCUCGAGGUCUUUUCCACCCUAUCCUGCCCUGUCGUACACAAGGCAAAUUGAUGUUCCCUCUAUGCAAGUCCUGCGCUGAUGCGUGUGAUCAGACCCCAUAUACUCAUUCCGAUCACGAAAGAGCCAUCCAAGGAACAUGGUGCAGUGUAGAGUUGGAGAAAGCCCAGGAGAAAGAUUACCAAAUUCUACAAGUGCACGAAGUAUGGGAUUUUCCCGAAUCCUCCGACGGAUUGCAUGUUCAAAAGUAUGUAAACACCUUCCUCAAGAUCAAGCAGGAAUCGAGUGGUUACCCAAAGAAUUGUACCACGGAAGAACAGAGACAGCAGUACGUAGACGAAUACCUUGCAGUUGAAGGAAUACAGUUGGACCGAAGCAAAAUCGGGCACAAUCCAGGCACGCGUGCGUAUCCAAGCUCAUGCUAA